UUAUUUUUCUGUUAACGUGUGAUUGAUCCUCUCCUUCAUUGUUGUCACAUUCUGAUUAAGUGGGCAUUUGGCCGUUUUUUUUCUGACCACGUCAAUAUGACAUUACACGUCCCUAAUGACAUCUUGUGUGCAAGUGCCCUUUAAGUUGAAUCUACAGAGAGAGAGAGUGCGGGAGAGAAAGCGAGAGAGAGAGACAGAGAGAGAGCGAGAGAGAGAGAGAGAGAGAGAGAGAGAGAGAGGAUGACUCCAUGCUGUCUGUGCUACAGCUGUGGGCAGCAGACGUGCUCCAUCUGUCCGUCCUGCUCAUCCUCCUCUUCCUGCAUCCGCCCAUUCAUCCAUCCCAGCAGCUUCAGAUGCACUGACAUGCCGCGUGGUGCUUCGCUUCAGAGCCUCACACGAGGAUGAAAAUGCUCCGCUUCCGCAGCCCCAGCAUCCGCUCUCUGGAGAACCACCAGGAGAUCCCGUGCACCAUCCGCCUGCUGGACGACUCGGAGAUCUCCUGCAACAUCCAGAGAGACACCAAGGGCCAGUUCCUGUUCGACCAUGUGUGUAAUCACUACAACCUCCUCGAGAAGGAUUACUUUGGUAUUCGCUACGUGGAUCCAGAGAAACAGAGGCAUUGGCUGGAGCCGAAUAAAGCUGUGGUUCGACAGAUGAAAUCUCUGCAGCCCUUCACAAUGUGCUUCAGAGUCAAAUUCUACCCACACGAGCCAAUGAAGAUCAAAGAGGAGCUCACAAGGUACCUGCUCUACCUCCAGCUGAAAAGAGACGUCUACCACGGCCGUCUCCUCUGUCCCUUUGCGGAAGCUGCCUAUCUGGGCGCGUGCAUUGUGCAGGCCGAGCUGGGGGACUAUGACCCGGAGGAGCAUCCGUCCGACUACAUCCGAGACUUCAGGCUGUUCCCCAAACAGUCGCUUAAACUGGAAAGGAAAAUCAUGGACAUACACAAGACUGAGCUCAGGGGUCAAUGUGCCGCCUUAGCGGAACUCAACAUGCUCCAAAGGGCUCACAACCUUGAAACGUACGGAGUUGACCCUCACCCAUGCAAGGACUUCACUGGUUCCACAGCAUUCCUCGGGUUCACAGCGACCGGUUUUGUGGUCUUCCAGGGAAACAAGAGGAUCCAUCUUCUCAAAUGGGCCGACGUCAGUAAGCUCAAGUUUGAAGGGAAAACAUUUUACGUCAUCGGCAUUCAAAAAGAGUCGUCUCUGAAGAAACUGGUGUUGACGUUUCACACCUCGACCCCUGCAGCGUGUAAGCACUUGUGGAAGUGUGGGGUCGAGAAUCAGGCUUUUUACAAGUGUGCAAAAUCAAGUCAGAUAAAGACCAUGUCCAGUAGCAACAUUUUCUUCAAGGGCAGCAGGUUCAGAUACAGUGGAAGAGUAGCCAAGGAGGUCAUAGAAGCAAGCUCAAAAAUCCAGAGAGAUCCACCUGAGGUGUGCAGGGUGCAGUUUGGCCAAAGUCGAAGCUUUAGCUCAUUGAGUCAUAAAAACCUCAUCAUGAAUAUGGAACCUCUGGUACCAGCCCUGCCCUCGACCAACGAGUACGACGAGACAGCCGCGGAAAACGGCUUCGUUGCUGUGAAGGACUCGGCAGCGUUGUCUCCCGUCAAAUGUUCGGCCGCUCCUGCAGACCAUCAACCGAGUAUAGAUGGAGCAAACUGUGCGUCAGACCUGCCACCUCCCCGCCAUGCCACGGAGACUUCAAGUAUCCCACCUCAGACGGCCAAAGUGGGAAGCGAAAUGGAUGAGGACGAGGAGGCCGACGGAGAGCGAACCAUAUCUGAGCUUGUCUACAGCCCUUGCGCCAGCAUGCUUCCCACCCCGGUGGACGACAGCCAAGGAGGCGUGGACCUGCUCUUCUCGUCACCCGUCCAGAGUCCCGCCAGGCUUCUGAGGGAGCUCCACGCCGAUCCCGACAUCCAGGCCCAGCUGGAGGCCGAAAGGGAGCGCGACCGGGCCUUCGAACGUGUCCGUCUUGCAGCGAGAGGGGGAAGCACGGGCGUCCUGAGCCUUCUGUCGUCCAACGCCCGGCUAAACGCGUGCGUGUUGAGCGUGGCCCGACUGAUUGCCGCGCUCACCGGCGUCCUGAUGGUCACCGUGCCCACGCUGCUGCUGUUGCUGGAGUCCGACCUGGAUGUGUCCUUCCUGCACGAGAUCCGUCAGACGCCGGAGUUCGAGCAGUUCCACUUCGAGUACUACUGCCCCCUUCGCCGCUGGAUCGUGUGCAAGAUCAGCAUGGCCAUGGAGAACCUGUGGUCAGACUGAACAUUGGAUGGGAAAGCUCUAGGACCAUGUGGCUAAAAGAGUGAAGGCAUCACUUCAGGGAAAAAAAAUAACUGAUGCCCAAAAGUCAUUAUUAUAUGGAUCUUCAGACAUGACAUGGAGGGAGAAAAAUAAAAAUUUGUGGUUACAAAUUAUGUAU